UAAAUGCUGCCCAAUACCUUCCUGUGGGUUUCUUCAAGAAAACAUCAAACACACGUGACUAGUAAUGCACGGGUCAGUGCGUAUAAAAGGACCUACAGUCUUCCUAACGAGACACAACUUCUUCAAACACCGAGCUGCUGCGAGAUUUCAAAUCAACCAUGAUCACUGUCCUGUGCCUCUUCGCCGCUCUGCUGAGCAAUGCCCUCGCGGUGUACGUCCCCACGUACGGCCUACCCUUGGCCGGCUACCCUGCCGCUGUGCCAGCUGUGACGGCGGUGCACGCAGCCCCAUUAACAGCAGUGCAAACUGUCCACCACGUGGUGCCCAUAACUCCCACGGUCCACAACGUGGCUACCCCGUACGGCUACCGCACCACCGGAGUCAGCUACAGCCACAGGGUCGACGCCCACCCGGUUCGUGUCCGCUACGUGCAGGGACUUGCUCCGUACGGCCUCAACUACGGCUAUGGGCUGGACGCCUUCGGAUACACCACUCUUCUGAAGAAAUAAAUCGAUACCAAGACCAAGCAACGAAGCAGUGACAAGGCCGACUUUGAGAAUGACCGACAGGACACAGCACUAUUUCGAGGCACCGCUGCCCUUGGGUCCGGCUUUUGUCAUCGGGGCAUGAGUCUCAGAAGUGAAAAUAAGAAAGUGUUAUAAAUGGUCUGCUAAAUUUAAAAUAUUUGACCUAAUAAA